AUGUGUGAUAUAUUGUUAAUUGAAGCAUUUUAUGAUGGUUCCCAUCGUUCAUUAAUAGAUCUUCUUCAUCGAGUAUUAUCUCCACGUUCAAUGUUAAUAACAUUACCAGGUACAAAAUGGCCAUGGCGUGCUCGAUGUUCAUCAUUAAUUUUAUCAGAAAUAAUACCAAAAAAUGAAAAUUCUUUUAAAUAUUUAUUUAGUUCAUCUAUUGUUAAUUUAAGUGAAUUAAUAUCUCUUCGUAUUGAUCUUCGUUCAUUAAAAACAAUAAUUUAUUUUCAUGAAAAUGAUUUAGCUUAUCCAAAACAAAAUGAAAAACAAGAACAAAGAGAUUUUCAAUAUGGUUAUAAUCAAAUAUUAACAGCAUUAGUUGCUGAUAUUUGUUUAUUUAAUUCUUUUUAUAAUUUAAAUACAUUUAUUGAUAAACUUGGACCUUUUCUUAAUCGAAUUCCAUCACCAAAAGCAAAUAUUCAACAAAUUCGAGAGACAAUUCUAAAUAAAUCUCAAGUAUUUUAUUAUCCAUUAGAUAAAACAAUAUUACCAAUUAAGAUAAAUAAUGAUAAAACAGGUCCAUUAUGUAUUAUUUGGCCACAUCGUUGGGAACAUGAUAAAGAUCCUGAAACAUUUUUUUCUGUUAUUCUUGAACUUUAUGAAACAUAUUCAUUAGAAUUUUCUUUAAUUAUUCUUGGUCAAUCAUAUGGUGAACAACCAUCGAUAUUUUCUGAAAUUUUAUCUAAAUUACCAUCGAAUUAUAUUCGUCAUUGGGGUUUUAUACAAUCGAAAACUGAAUAUGAACAAUUAUUAAUGGAAGGUGAUGUUGUUGUAUCAACAGCUCAACAUGAAUUUUUUGGUGUUGCUAUGUUAGAAGCAUGUAGAGUUGGAUGUAUUCCUAUUGUACCUGAUCGAUUAGUUUAUACAGAACUUUAUCCUAAUGAACAACAUCGAUAUAGAACUAAAACACAAUUACUUAAUAAAUUAAAAGAAUAUUGUCAAAAACCAGAUUAUCUUAGGAAUAAAAUAAUAAAACAAGAUACAUCACAAUUUGAAUGGGACAAUAACGAAUUUAUUAGACAACAAUAUUUACAAUUAUUUCAAAAUGAAUCAUUAAAUAGUAACGUCAAUAUAUCAGAUUAA